ACGCAGUACUAAAAUGUGAAAGACACACAUUGGCGUCUGCGGAGGGCCUGAUGCCGCGGGGAUUCGCUUCUUUCACCGCACAUUAACAACAUGGAUUUCAACGUGAGGAAACUCGCCGCAGAUGCUGGAAUAUUCUUCUCUCGGGCUGUGCAGUUUACAGAAGAGAAACUGGGACAGGCGGAAAGAACCGAACUGGAUGCUCAUUUUGAAAAUCUUCUGUCCAGAGCGGACUGUACCAAAAACUGGACUGAGAAGAUCUACGGACAGACUGAAGUUCUGCUUCAACCAAAUCCAGGUGCUCGUAUCGAAGAGUUCCUGUAUGAGAAACUGGAGCGGAAGGUUCCGCCUCGGGCCACUAAUGGAGAGAUAUUAGGACAGUAUAUGCUGGAGGCUGGAAAGGAGUUUGGAGCGGACACUCCGUACGGAAGCACCUUGAUACAAGUGGCCGACUGCCAGAGAAGACUGGGCGGCGCUGAGCGAGAGUUUCUGCAGACCUCGUCCAUCAGUUUCCUCACACCCCUGAGGAACUUUCUGGAGGGCGACUGGAGAACCAUUUCAAAAGAGCGCAAGCUCCUGGAGAAUCUGCGUUUGGAUCUGGACGCCUGUAAAGCUCGUCUUAAGAAGGCCAAAGCUGCCGAGACCAAAGCCGCUUGUGAGGGAGAAGCUGUUCCUGACUUUCAAGAGACCCGACCACGAAACUAUGUGCUGUCUGCUAGUGCAUCUGCGCUCUGGCACGAGGAGCUAAAUAAAGCGCAACAUGAGUUGCGAGUUGCUCAGACAGAGUUUGACAGGCAGGCUGAGGUCACGCGACUGCUGGUGGAGGGAAUCAGCAGCACACAUGUGAAUCAUCUGCGGUGUCUGCGUGAGUUCGUGGAAGCGCAGGCGAUAUAUUAUAACCAGUGUCACCAGUACAUGCAGGAACUACAGAAAGAACUGGGCAGAGCAUGCACCAGCUCAUCUGUGGGAGAUUCUGACCCUGCGAACCCGUCCGCUGUCCUGCCGCUAAACUCGCCUUCUCCGCUGGAAACAGAUGCUCUCCAAAUCGAAGAAGUUCAGCCUCCCGCCAGCGGCACACGGAACGCUAAAGUUCUGUACGACUACACGGCUGCAGACUCCAGUGAGCUCUCGCUGCGCGCCGAUGAGCUGAUCACAGUGUACCACAUGCCGGGAAUGGACUCUGAUUGGCUGAUCGGGGAGAGAGGAAACCAGAAGGGAAAAGUGCCUGUUACAUAUCUGGAGCUGUUGAGUUAGAGACACACACAUGCACACAAACACACAAACUGCUUGUUUGUUGCUUUGACAUCCACUGAUAAACAAAUCAUGACAUGGACACACAGCAUCAACCAACACAUCUUCAAAAUAGAUGGUUUUGUGUUUUUGCAUGUAAUAGAAAAAUGAUUGAAGCUGUUUUUUUAUUAAAUGAUUUCGUUACUUAAGCUCAUCAAGAAGGACAGAAAUCUGAGUUUUUUAGUGCACUCAGAAAUAUAAAAAAUGAAAUGUUAACACUUAAUAUUAACUCGGCAGUUUGACUUUAGGCUCAUGUUAAAACACACAACUGGUACAGAACAGUAAACUUAGUUGGAACUAAUAAUUCAUUCACAAAUGCUUGAAACCAAGUUUCCAUCCAUGUAAUUAUCUGCCUGUUUUCUGCACUAGAAACUGAUCUGGGAUCAUUUAGUAGAUCGAUAUACAGAUUGUGAUCUUUUCAGGCUUUCCUAAAACGGAUGCCUCACAAUUAAGCCUAAUAUUACUCAUUUAAAGUUGAACAUAUUUGCACUGUUAUGAGGUUAUAGAAGCGCUUCAUAAACUUCAUGAUUGAAACUGCCUUAUAACAUCUCAUUCAGAGACAAAUUCAUGUAAAAUCAUUUAGCAGUUAAGAUAUUCUUUACUCAAGCAGCACAUGUUUCCCAGCAUUCACAGAAAACACAUGGCAAUGUUAUAGAUAUAAGAUAUGAAUGUGGAAUUUAAGCCUUACAGUUUUCAUGUUUGCAUGAAGAGUCAAUGCCUGAUGCCUCUGAGCACUUCAACUGCUCCAAGUGUUGUUGUUUUGUUAUUUUGACAGUGUACGAAUAAAUUAAUAUUUUUGGUAGGGAUGUAAUGAUUCACUCAGCUCGCGAUGCAACGCGAAUAACGAUACUGAUCUCACGAUACGAUUUAUUUUUACAAAAUGAGUUUCGAAAUGACCAACUGCCCUUUUAUUAUUUCUCAAAUGCUGCACAUUUCUUUGUAAAAUAUAUAUAUUAUUUAUGUCAAAUAACAAAACUAAACAAAUUCCAAAAAAAUAAAAUAAAAACGAACAAUACAAAAGUAUCUGUAAUAUAAACAAACCAAGACUUUGUGCUUUUCUUGGAUUUGUUACAUUUAAGAAAUAUCAGCAUAACCACGUUUUUCUAAGUUAGCAGUCAACACAGCGGCCCCUGCUGUUCGAAACAUGUAUUGCGGUUCAAAUAUCAUCUCAGCCGGUUUGAGUCGUCGCGUUACAAUAGAUUUUUGACCGGCUCACGGUGAAUCAUUACAUCCCUAAUUUUUGGUCCGGGGGGCGGUUGUACCAGCCGUUACGUUACAUCUUAACCCACUGUAGUUGUAGCAUUUAAAGACAUCAACUUAAACACUACAAUUAAUUAAUAUUUAAUUGUUAAAUUGCUACACUUGAUAUGUAGCCUGAAGAAUAAACCAAAUGUUACUGGAACCCUCCAACCAUAGUAAAUAUGUCACAUGACAGACUUAAAUCUGUUGAACAUGUAUGAUAAACUCGUAAAAACUGGUAUAAACUGAACACUUUGGUCGCUUUGUGUGAAUACUUGUGCAUGAACGGUUUGACACUAAAACAGUGAUUUUACGUUCUGAUGCUUGAAUAAUAAACACGUGUGAUGUUAUGAAGGGCCGGUGCAGCCUGGCCCAGAUCUGCACGUUCAGUUUAAAACUAAAAAACAAAUUGUUGAUGCUACAUGUCAAUGUUGUCAGCAUUUUCAGGUUGGAUAUGUUAUUGUUUUGAAAUGUUGCCACUUUUUUUUGCUCUCGUCUGUGUUUUGCUCUGGAAUAUUUAAAUGCCUGAUAAUGUGUCAUGUGAUGAGUUGCUAAACAGGAAGUUUAAUAGAAUCAUUAUUUCUUAAAAUCAUUUAUUGUAGUGCUUUACUAAAAUCCAGUGCCACUCAAUUCUAAAGAUCUGCAUUAACUUUGAGAUACACAAAUAAAAGAAUACUGUAGUGUACUUAAGUGUUUACUAGAGUAAAAUGUAAUAAAUAUAAAAUUCCUAUAAACUAAUGCACACUACAGUAUUUUUUCAUGUGGUGUUAGUCAAAAAGCCAUAUUAAUUCACCUUUGCCAUAGCAUAAUAAAGACUAUUAUUUUAGAUGUGUUAGGAUUUUAAUUUUUUGAUUUUGAAUUAUUCACCUACAUGUGGUUUAGAUUUCUGUUUUAUAUUCCAAAGUGCAGCUAACGAUUUAGCGGUUCAUGAUGUAUUUGUUUUAUUUAAAUUAUUUGUAUUAUUAUUUGUUUAUAUCCAUGUAAUGUCCAAAACUGAAUGCAUGAUUAAAUGUUUUAGUAAAUCUUUGAUUCUUAUUUGCUGCUGGCGCCCUCUGUUGACC